AUUUGAGUGAUUAAACAAUUUUCUGAUUCAAAAAUGAAUUUACACAAACUAAUUCUGAUUUCAAUCACUUUAAACGUUGUGAAUAGUGCACGUAUUUUAUUUUUAUCACCAUCACCGUCGUACAGCCACAGUGUUGCAUACUUUCCAAUAAUACGUGAAUUAUCUUUACGUGGCCAUCAAGUUGUUUCGAUUUUAUCGGAUAAUUUAAAUGAUCCGAAAUUAACAAAUUUAACUGAAAUCGAUGUACAUGAUCACUUAUAUGGGUUAAAAGAUGCAAAAUACUUGAUGGAUAAUCUAAUGAAUAAUCCAUAUUUUGAUCAAACUAAGUGGUACCAUGAUUAUUCAUAUAGAAUUAUGGAUCACUUUUUACAAUUCCCCGGGGUACAAGAAUUAAUACAACAUCCAGAAAAAUAUAAUUUUGAUCUUGUUAUCACAGAAUGGAUAACUUAUCAAUCUGUAAUUGCAUUUGCUGAUUUAUUUAAAUGUCCUCUAAUUGGAAUAUCAUCGUAUACGAUAUUUCUACAUGGACACGAUGCAAUUGGUAAUCCAACACAUCCAACUUACAUUCCAAAUGCUUGGGAUCAACAUGUGGACCCUAAAUCGUUUUGGGAUCGUUUAAAAAGUGUUUAUAAUUCAGUUGAAUACAGGUUACAUUAUAAAUAUUAUGUUUUACCUCGACAAAAUUCGUUGGUGCAAAAAUAUUUUGGGGAUCGUGUAACGAGAAAUAUUGAAGAAAUUGAGAAAGAUGUGAGUUUAGUGUUGACGAAUACUAAUCCAAUUUUACAUGGAGCGUAUCCAAAAGUUGCAAAUUUAAUUGAGUUUGGAGGAAUACAUGUGCAAAAAUAUGUACCACCGGAAAAGGAUUUGCAAUCGUUUUUAGACUCCGCCGAAAAUGGUUUCAUUUACUUCAGUUUAGGAUCAGCUCUUCGAAGUAUUUUCUUUGGUGAUAAAAUAAUCAACAUAAUGCUAAACGUUUUUGAAAAAUUACCUUAUAAAGUUGUAUGGAAAUUUGAAUCAGAACUUAAUGUAAAAUUGAAUAAUGUUUAUACUUCAAAGUGGCUUCCUCAACGUGCAAUUUUAGAACACAAAAACUGCAAAUUAUUCAUGACUCAAGGUGGCCUCCAAUCCGCUGAAGAAACCAUUCGUGCUGGAAUACCUUUAUUAAUCAUACCAUUUUUCUCUGACCAAUAUUUAAAUGGUGGACGAUUCGAACAACUUGGUAUGGGAAAGCGAUUAUUACGAUCACAAAUAACUGAAGAACGUAUAGAGCAAGCAAUUUACGAGAUCAUAAAUAAUACCAGAUACAAAGAAACUGUUAUCGAAAUAUCAAAAACAUUAUGGGAUCAACAAACAAAACCUUUGGAUCGUGCAAUUUGGUGGAUUGAAUAUGUAAUACGACAUAAAGGUGCUAAAUAUUUACGGAAUCCAGCAUUGAAUGCUCCAUGGUAUCAAGUCCAAUUAUUGGAUGUUUAUUUAUUUAUUUUAAGUAUUUUGAUUUUAGCAAUUGUAAUCGUUUCUUUUGCAAUUCGAAAAUUGUAUUUAUUUAUGAAAUCGAAAAUU